GCUGCAACAGGAACCACAUGAGCAGGGAGGAGCCGCGCGAGGAGAGAUAAAACUCCACGCCCCUCCCUGCCGAGCCGAGCAUCCAUUUACAGAGCAGCUGAUGUCUGCUGCCGCUGCUGCUCCGAACAGAAGGGAAUAAUAAUAAUAAAAAAAGAGGCACUGAGUUGCUGUUGAGCUGGAGUUGGACCAGUGAGCAGAGAAGAGUCGGACACAUACAGGACGUUUUGGGAGGAUCUUAUUCUCUCUUUUUUUGUGUGUGUGCCAACUGGAUGUGGCUGACCCCAGACGAACUGCCCAAGGAGCAUCUUUGAGCAUUUCCCAGUAAAAAAGUACUGCAGCCUUUCUCUACAAUUCUACAGGUUGAUUUUCACGUUCUGUUCGUUUACUUUUUUCAAAGAUGACCACUAUGCAAAGGUUGCUCCAGCUGCCCGUGAAUGCUGUGAACAUUGUGAAGACGGUGCAGAGUCAGGUCCAGGGCCAGGAGGAGGACAAGAGCCCCGUGUUGAGCCCUGACGGUGGGCAGCAGACUUGGUACAGUGCCCUGCAGCCGGAUGAGCUGCGCCACCUCCGAUCUGGGGGCACUGGGGGCGGCGGAGGAGGUGGUGGAGACCAGGAGGAACGAGGCUCACAGGAGGAUGGAGGUGGAGGUGGCAGCUUCCAAAGUCAGCCCCUGCGGCAUGACGACUUGAAGGAGAUGCUGGACAGCAACAAAGACUCCCUGAAGCUGGAGGCAAUGAAGCGGAUUGUGGCUAUGAUCGCCCGCGGUAAAAAUGCAUCAGACCUCUUCCCAGCUGUGGUGAAAAACGUGGCGUGUAAAAACAUCGAGGUGAAGAAGCUGGUCUAUGUUUACUUGGUGCGUUACGCCGAGGAGCAGCAAGACCUCGCCCUGCUCUCAAUUUCUACCUUCCAGCGCGGCUUAAAGGAUCCCAAUCAGCUCAUCAGAGCCAGCGCCCUGCGAGUCCUGUCCAGCAUACGAGUUACAAUCAUCGUCCCCAUAAUGAUGCUGGCCAUCAAAGAAGCUGCUUCAGACAUGUCUCCUUACGUCAGGAAGACCGCUGCCCACGCCAUCCCCAAACUCUACAGUUUGGAUCCUGAACAAAAGGACCAGCUGAUAGAAGUCAUAGAGAAACUCCUGGCAGACAAAACCACGCUGGUGGCAGGAAGUGUCGUCAUGGCGUUCGAAGAGGUGUGUCCGGAGCGCAUCGACCUGAUCCACAAGAACUACAGGAAGCUGUGCAACCUGCUUAUCGACGUGGAGGAGUGGGGCCAGGUCGUCAUCAUCAACAUGUUGACCCGCUACGCUAGGACCCAGUUCCUCAACCCAAACAUCAACGAGUCUCUGCUGGAGGAGGGAGGAGGCGGAGAGAAAACCUUCUACGGCUCGGAUGAAGACGAGGAUGAGGACGAGGAGGAGAAGGAGAAGAAGGCAGAGGCGGCCACCAUGGCCAAGAGGAAGCCCUAUGUGAUGGACCCCGACCACCGGCUGCUGCUUAGGAACACCAAGCCGCUGCUGCAGAGCCGGAACGCAGCCGUGGUGAUGGCUGUGGCCCAGCUGUAUUUCCACCUGGCCCCAAAAGCAGAAGUUGGAGUGAUUGCCAAAGCGUUGGUCCGCCUGCUGAGGAGCCACAGUGAAGUCCAGUACGUGGUUCUUCAGAAUGUGGCCACUAUGACUAUUAAAAGGCGGGGCAUGUUCGAACCAUACCUGAAGAGUUUCUACAUCCGCUCCACGGACCCAACUCAGAUUAAAAUCCUUAAGCUGGAGGUUCUCACCAAUCUGGCCAAUGAGACAAACAUUUCCACUAUUCUCAGGGAGUUUCAGACAUACAUUAAAAGCAUGGAUAAAGAUUUUGUGGCUGCGACAAUUCAGGCUAUUGGCCGCUGUGCUACUAACAUCGGUGAAGUGAGAGACACGUGUUUGAACGGCCUGGUGCAACUGCUGUCCAACCGAGAUGAGCUGGUGGUGGCGGAGUCAGUGGUCGUCAUCAAGAAGCUGCUCCAGAUGCAGCCAGAGAAGCACAGUGACAUCAUCAAGCACAUGGCGAAACUAACAGACAACAUCCAGGUCCCGAUGGCACGAGCCAGUAUUCUGUGGCUGAUUGGAGAAUACUGUGAGCAUGUGCCAAAGAUCGCUCCGGACGUCUUGAGGAAGAUGGCCAAGUCGUUCACCAACGAGGAAGACAUCGUCAAGCUACAGAUCCUAAAUCUGGCCGCCAAGCUCUACCUCACCAAUUGCAAACAGACUAAAUUGCUGACGCAGUACGUUCUCAACUUGGCCAAGUACGACCAGAACUACGACAUCCGUGAUCGGGCCCGCUUUAUUCGGCAGCUCAUCGUGCCCACAGAGAAGAGCGGAGCCCUCAGCAAGUACGCCAAGAAGCUCUUCCUGGCUCUGAAGCCUGCACCCGUCCUCGAGUCUCCGUUUAAAGAUAGAGACCACUUCCAGCUGGGUUCGCUUUCCCACCUGCUGAAUGCCAAGGCUGGGGGCUACCAGGAGCUGCCCGACUGGCCCGAAAGCGCCCCCGACCCCUCCGUGCGCAACGUGGAGGUGAAGGAGUCUGUUUUUGCGCUGCUCGAAAGAGUCACAACACUUACGAGCGUGCCUGAAUGGACCAAAUGCAGCAGCCGGGAGAAGAGAAAGGAGAAGAAAGUCGAGAAGCCGUUCUACUCCGACUCCGAGGGCGAGUCCGGCCCGACCGAGUCUGCUGAUAGCGAGUCGGACUCUGUCAGCGGCUCGGAGAGCGGCAGCGGCAGCGAGGGGAGCGGCUCGGCCUCGGAGAGUGAAGAGAGCGGCGAGGUCUCCAUGUCUGAGGAGGAAGACAGGGAGAAGGGAAAGAAAACAAAGAAGAGGGAAUUAACGAAGGCCGUGCAAGAAAGCGAAAGUGAGCAGAGCAGCGAAGAGGAAGACAGGAAACACGAGAGGAAGAUGAAACAGCGGAAGAGCGACUCUGAGUCGGAGUCUGACGAGGAAGAGGAGAGCGAGUCUGAGAGCAGCCAGUCAGAGUCGGACGACUCCGAGUCCGAGGCAGAAGUCCGAAAGAAAAAGAAGGCAGCUGAAUCUAAACCUCCUUCCAAACCCGUCAAGAAAGAAACCAAGAAAGAGAAGAAGGAAAUGUCUCUUCUGGACCUCGAUGAUUUUGAACCAGCUCCCUCACCUCAAGUCACACCGGUCAACAACUUGCUCUCUAACAGCCUGGUGACCGACCUGGAGGGCCUCUCCCUGUCCGAAGCCGUCCUGUCACCGGCAACCAUCGCCCCCUCCAGCGCGCUGAAGAUCUACGAGCUGCUGCACCGCAUCACGGGCGAGGGUCUGUCGGUGGAGUACUGCUUCAGUCGGCAGCCGUUCAGCCCCGACGCCAACAUGGUGGCGGUGCAGAUGCAGUUCACCAACAGCUCCACGUCCGACGCCAAGAACCUGCACAUGGAGGACGUGAAGCUCCAGUCGGGGAUGAGGGUGAAGGAGUUCCCAGAGAUAGAGUCGCUGCCAGCCGGUGAGACGGCCGCGGCGGUUAUGGGCAUUGAUUUCUGCGACUCGACACAAACUGCAAACUUCCAGCUGUGCACGCACACCAGGAAAUUCUUCGUGUCCAUCCAGCCGCCUGUCGGAGAGCUGAUGAGGCCGGUCUUCCUUACAGAGAACGAGUUCAAAAAAGAGCAAGGUCAGCUGAUGGGAAUGAAUGAGAUCACAGAGAAGCUAACGCUAGACGCCAAGUGUCGGAACGAGCACGCCAUCGUCCAGAGAGUGACCACGGCCGCCAACCUCAGCCGCGUCCCCUGUGGCUCAGACAGAGAGUGCAGUCCUCCUGUUCCUCCUCCUGAACAUCCUGUCCACAGGUUUGCUGGCAGAACGGUGACCAGCGGCAGUUUGGUGCUGGUCACCGUGGCGACCAGAGAAGAGGGCGCCGCCCAGCUGACGAUCAACUGUGAGAAAAUGGUGAUCGGCACCAUGCUGGUUAAGGACAUCCUGCUGGCCCUGACGCAGUGACGACAAGCAGACACCCGGCUCGACUUGUGUCCCCUCACUCCAGCCACCUUGUGAAUUUUGUUUAGGACUGGUCACCGCUCCAUCUCCUGUGUUCUCCAGUGAGCCACGUUGGAGUGAAAGCUUCCAGAGUGUGAAAGAGAAGGACCUGGCUGCAGCAAACAGUAAGGGGCGGGACGGAUC